UGCAAUUUUUACGCUCACGUGACUUUUAAGGAAAUUUAUUUUAAGCAUUGAAAAAAAAAAUUUAAAAACUUCAUUUCAGAGAUGUACAGAUCAGUACUACCAUCUGUAUAGGUUAGAUUAAAAAGCACAUCAAACAUGCCUCCAAAGAAGCAACAACAACCAAAGGUUAAGUCUAAAUCAUCCGAGGAUAAAACCUUUGGUAUGAAAAAUAAGAAUAAAUCGAAGAGAGUCCAACAAGAAAUAAAACAAAUCCAACAAGGUGCAGAUGGUGGAUUAGCAAAGAAGAGAGAAGAAGAAAAUAAAAGAAAAGCAGCUGAAAAGAAAGCAGCUGAAGACGCUAAGAGGGAAGCUGCUGCAUUAUUUGGUAUUCAACAACAAAAGGUGCCAUUUGGAGUUGAUCCAAAAUCUAUUUUGUGUGAAUUUUUCAAACAAGGUCUUUGUACCAAAGGUAAUAAAUGUAAAUUCUCCCAUGAUCCAGAUGUGGGUAGAAAAGUAGUUAAGAAAGAUUUGUAUACCGAUGCCAGAGAAGAAAAGGAAGCUGAUACUAUGGAUAAUUGGGAUGAAGAAAAAUUAAGAAAAGUUAUUUCAUCAAAACAUGGUAAUCCAAUGACAACUACUGAUAUUGUUUGUAAACAUUUCAUUGAAGCAGUGGAGAAUGGUAAAUAUGGUUGGUUUUGGGUUUGUCCAAAUGGGGGUAAUGAAUGUAAAUAUAGACAUUCAUUACCAGCUGGUUUUGUAUUAAAGACCAAAGAACAAAAGAGACUAGAAAGAAUAGCUGCUGAUGCUGAACCAGAAAUCACAUUAGAAGAAUUUAUUGAACUAGAAAGAGGAAAAUUAGAUAAAACUAAAUUCCACCCUAUUACAAUUGAAUCAUUUAAUGAAUGGAAGAAGAAGAUAAACGCUAAGAAAGAUGAUGAUAGAAAGAAAGAAGAAAAAUCAGGAAGAAGAGUGUUAACUGGUAGAGAAGUUAUAUUACAAAAGUUUGCUGAUAAAUACUAUACUGAAGAAGAUGAUGGUGCUGAACAAUUUGAUUUAGCUGCUCUUAGACAUAACUUACCUCAUGAUGAUGAUGAAAAUAUAAAAGAUUAUGGGGAUGGUUCUAAUAUAGUCGAAUUCUAUCAAAAUGAAACAACACCAACCGAGACUUCUACGGAAACACCUACUGAAGUAUCUACUGAAACACCUACUGAAACCUCAAAUAAUAUAGAAAAUGGUGUGGUUGAAGAAAAUACUUCAGAAGCGGUACCUGUUAAUUGAUUUAGUCAUAUAUCCUUCCUUCAUUCCUUCAUUACAUGUACAAUAUACUA